CAUCGCCUCAUUAAAAUCCUUAAACAUCCUAAACACUUAAAACCCCGUUUAAGAACUCCCUAAACCCUUAAAAACGGAGUGGCAAUAGAACAAAGUCUUCUGUACUUUUUAUUUUUUAAAAAAAAGGGUAGAAUUUAAACUCUUCUUUUGCAAGACCAACACUUACAAAACGCUAUCCACUCCCUCCUUCUCAGUUAGUAUCAGUUCUAAACUUGCAAAGACAAUUGCUAUGCAAAUUCCGACAGUACCUCGUAGCAUCAGCUCAGCUGCCUCAAAUUUGUUCCUCUUUUCUCCACCAUUUCACCUUAAUUCCUCCUUAAAACCAACAACAACAACCUUAAACUUCCCAAACUCCCUUAAUUUACCCUCUUCUCUUUCAACUCCUACAUUAUUACCCCCUCGAAAAUUGCUCUGUAAACCCCCUUUUGGCAAACAUGUUCGAGAAGAUUAUCUUGUGAAAAAGUUUUCAGCUCAAGAGAUUCAAGAGCUUGUUAGAGGGGAAAGAGAUGUGCCCCUAAUUAUUGAUUUUUAUGCAACAUGGUGUGGCCCUUGUAUUUUGAUGGCUCAAGAGCUUGAAAUGCUAGCUGUUGAGUAUGAAGGUAAAGCAAUGAUUGUAAAGGUCGACACUGAUGACGAGUAUGAAUUUGCUCGCGACAUGCUGGUACGGGGUCUUCCGACAUUGUAUUUCAUCAGCCCAGACCCAAAUAAAGACGCGAUUAGAACAGAAGGCCUCAUUCCUAUACAGAUGAUGAGGGAUAUUCUUGAAAAUGAUAUGUGAGGGAGGCAGAACAGAAGAGCUUUCCAUUUAUUUGAACUCCUGUGUAUUUCAUGUAGUUUUGUUAUUAGCUUCAGGUUAGGUUUUUGAGCCAACUGCCAAGGUAUACCGCCUUGAUUAAGUUACAUCAGAGGCUCUCUUAGAAAUUUUUUUGUAUGCCUUACUGCCAUUUUUUCUAGAUGAAAAUUUUCAAGUUGUGUUGUAAUCUUAAAAUCCCGAGAUCAAUAUAUGAAAUUAUGAAGUAGCUUUUA